GUAUGGCUUACCUUUUAAUUAGUUUAACAUAACGUAACAAUAUUUGGUUAUUAAUGUCGUUCUGAGCCACAAAUGGUCAGUUAUCAGUUAUCUUACUGAUAUUUUAAAAGUGUAACGUCACUUUGAAUAUUGCAUUCUUGGCGUUGCUGAAGAUGGAAUGAAAAAAGAUGGGUUGUACCUUCAUCGAUGAGCAUGCUCAAAAUGCGUAAGUGAAGACCACUGAAGCGAUGCAGUACUAGGGCCUCCGUGCAUGUCAGAAGCCCUCGUACCCUAAAGUAAUUUUUUGAAAAUAAAAUAAAUAAAAACCGUCAUAAGCUACCUGGAAGGUGGUCGGCCGAUCAUCAGACGAAAAUGAGCGUACGCAAAGCGACCGCGCAGAACCGCGUUCGGCCCAAGAGUGCCGGGGGCUCGGCUCGAGGGAUGCACCUCCAGCUGGCCUCGGGGGACCAGAACGGCAACCAGGUGGCCUCCUCUCCGGACCGCACCGGGAGCUGCAGCAGCGACAAGGCCUCCUCUCCGGACUCCGCCAGGAGCUGCAGCAGCCUCAGCAGCAGUAGCCGAGAGAGCCCAGCCGACGUGGAGAUGCUGGACUGCUGCCUGGGCAAGGAGGCGGUCUCCGAGGGCUUCCAGACGCACAGCGCACUCCCCAAUGAGCGCCUCGGCCCUGCCCCUUUUCAGGGCUUGGGCCGCGGCCAGGACCAGGGCGUUGGGCGCCUGGAGUCGGACAGGAAACCCGCAUCCCUGUACCUGGACCCCAAGCCUGACAACUGGAACGAGAACCUGGCCUUGGUGAUGACCAGCCUUGAAGAAGAUGGCCGCCGCGGUGUAGGCAGCGACCGUAGCUCGGACGCCUCCCCCGACUCCACUGAGAGCGAGGGCGGCCAUGUCCAACCUGGCGUCCCGUCCCCCCGGGAGGAGGAUGAUGGUCGAGCGUCGUCCACGUCCAUCAGCUCCGGGGAGAUGGUGCUGAGGAAGAACAGCUUCACCCUGACCGACUCUGGGAGCGGGAACCUGCUGAGUGCCUCUUUCCUGGGCGAGUCCAGCGGCCCCUCUUUAGCGCCCUCCGAGCUCGGGACGUCCUCCAUCGUGCUGCCUGACGUUUGCGAAGGCCUGCAGGAGAAGGAGUGCCAGACUGGCGCCACAGACGAGGACAUCGAUUCCCAGCAAGGCAGGAUUACCGUUUCCCAUCGACGUACCGGAGAGGACACGUACUUAGCCUCGGACGAAAGUCCAUUAGGCCUGCCGUCUGAAACGGAGUUAAAAGAUGCAGCUCUUAUCCUCCCUGAGCGAGAGUGCUCUUCGCCCGCUCCGCUGUGCAGAACCUACAUCGAGUCUGAGCCGCCGCAGUGCAGCUCCGGCCCCUGCACUCCUGUGGAGGGCAGGACCUUCCUCAUCCUGGGCUCGGAGGACUCGGACACGAGCUGCAGCGCACAGACCUCCACCCCAGUGCAGGGUUCCAGCAGCAACAGCACUUUCUGCCUUCCGUCCCUGUCCGAGUCUCCGUUCCAGGGUAACCGAGGCGACGUGGGCAGCCCUGCCGGUCGCGCUCGGAAGGGGCCGCCGCGUUCGUCUGUCCCGCCAUCGCCUGCGCUCUCCAGGACCCCCGCCGUCUCCAGGACCCCCGCCGUCGCCAGGACCCCCGCGAACAAACACGUAAGAGCUGAUGUGAAGAGGUUCCCACCGCCAGACCCGAAGAACGGCAGGUCGAAAGUCACGUCACGGCCAACCACCUCGCUCAGAGCGUCCAACUCUCCUCGGGUCACGCCCACCCCCAGUAAACCCUCCCUAGCCAAUCAGAACUCCCCUGCUGGGCCGGCAGUCCAGAGGAAGGGGGAAGCGGGCCAGGGGAAUAGAAGGCGAGGGUCGUCCUUUACCCAAAGCAGCGGGGUAAUUCAGAAGCAGAGACCACGCAGGGUUUCUGAGUGUGACGCUGCUUUGAGGCUAAAACAGCACAGGGACCUCUCAGUCCCUCCACGGAACCAAACGCCCACCAGGGAGGACUAUUCCGUCAAUAACGUGACUUUCGUUGCCGGCCCCAUCCCACCUGAGCAGGGGCGUCAGAAGGAGACUGUUCAGGGGAACGGCACGACUCGACCCUCCAAGUCAGAUCCCAGGGAGAAUGAGACCCCAGCGAAACGGAAUCAGGAACUCAGUUCUGUUUCCAUCGCAGAGGCGGCGCCGCCGGAUUCGGGCAAAAGCAAACUUGGACUGAGGCCAUCCCCCGCCAGAGCGAGAGGCGCCCCAUCCUCCUCCCAAACUCUGACUGUGAACCUUAGACUGCCACCUCCUGUCUCCAAACCGAGCUCUUCCAGCAAAGAUGGCCGCACCUCUGGCAGCAUGUCUGCUUCAAGGACCAAGAAUCCCCCGGCUGCGGGUAAUCCCAAAAUGAGACUGACGGAGCGGCCGUCUGUCACCGCCCCCGGCACCAAGCCCAGCGCAGGCCCGGGAUUGGCUGGGCCGCGUCCCCCGGGCGUGUCCAGACUGCCUGUGAAGUCUCAGGACCACAGCGAGCCGGGCGUGGCCGCAGGCAGCACACCAGCCUCCGUUCCCGCUGCGUGUAAGCCUGACGCUAAGCCUGCUCGGCCUGCCUCGUCCGGGGGACCGGCUGCUCGCCUGGCAGGGAAGCCCCCCCUCACCAAGGCUGGAGGGGUCCGCAGCGUGGUCCCGUCUCCCCAGCGGAAGCCCCAGACUGCAGGACUCAAGAAUGCAGCUUUCCCGGGUCAGGCUCCCCCAAAGACUGCAGCAAACCCGCUGCAGAGGUCCGGUUCUGGAAGGUUCCAGCGCCCAUCCACGGCUCCCCAAGUGGACAAGAACCGGCCGCGGGCAAGCCCCCGGACGCAGACGCAGACGCCCGGCCAGCCUGACCUGCUGCCCACGGAGCCCAAAGCCCCGGGCACGGAGCGCUACCGCGCGCGCUGCGAGAGCAACAACAAGUACAUCCAGCAGCUGAAGAGGCUCCUGGUCUCCGGGAACCGCCGCUUCGAGGCCGUCGCCGUGGUGAUCCAGCAUGUCGUCACUGAGCACGAGGAGACGCUGAAGCAGAAGCAGGAGCUGUCUCAGGAGCUGGUGAACCUUCGAGGAGAACUGGUGACCUCGGCCACGUCGUGCGAGGCCCUGGAGCGGGAGAAGGAUGGGCUGCGCGUGGCGUUCGAGGGGGUCCUGCAGAAGGUGCAGGAGCAGCACCAGAGCGACCUCGCCGACCUGGAGGAGCGGCUCAAGAGCUUCUACGCGGCCGAGUGGGAGAAGGUGCACCAGGCCUACCAGGACGAGGCCGACAAGUGCAAGGCCCAGAUGGAGCUGCAGCUGGAUGAUUUAAAAUCCAAGCAUGAAGCUUUGCGGAAAGAACUGGAAGGCGGCCAUGCCGAGAAGCUGGAGAGUCUGAAGCUACACUACGAAACCACCGUGGAAGAACUCAGGAAAAGCCAUAAGGAGGAAAUGGAAACUCUGGACCAGACGUUAAAGGAAGCCGAAGCCAAAUUAACCGAGCGAAUGGAAGAGCUCACAGCCGAGAACAGCGCUUUAACCGAAAAGCUGAAUGCUGAGGAGGAGAGACGGAGAAUACUGGCUGAGAAAAAUCAGAAGGACUCCCACACCCUGUAUCUGGAGCAGGAGCUGGAGAGCCUGAAAGUGGUACUGGACAUAAAGAACAAGCAGCUUCACCAGCAGGACAAAAAACUCAUGCAGAUGGACAAACUGGUGGAAAAAAGCGUGAAGCUGGAUGAAUGCCUUAAGAAGGUCCAGCAGGAGAACGAAGACCUGAAAGCCAGGAUGGACAGACACGCUGCAAUGUCGAGGCAACUGUCGACAGAGCAGGUGGUCCUGCAGCAGUCUCUCCAGAAGGAGUCCAAGGUGAACAAGCGGCUCUCCAUGGAGAACGAGGAACUCCUGUGGAAGCUCCACAACGGGGACCUGAGCAGCCCCCGCAAGCUGUCCCCCACCUCGCCCUCCAAGACCUUCCCGUCCCCGCACAACUCCAGCGUCUUCUCCAGCGCCCCCGUCUCCCCCAGAUAACGCUUCCGCUGGCCUCGCGGAACCUUCCGGAGAACUGAGCGGAAAUGGCUAUAUUAGCUGUGUGUGACGCAUCGGGACUAGUCGCCACCUGAAGAAAACCAUUCAAAAAUGGAUAUAUUUCUGCUGAUUUACCUGUACAGCUGAUUCUCUAUAACGACUUUGGAAAGACAUUGUUGCACAAGAAGCACUUAUCGAGCAAGGCCGUCCUUGUUCAUUGCCUUUUUUUUUUUUUGGAGAAAAAAAAAAAAAAGGAAAUCUCAGGUCCUGUAGAUAAUCACCGUGUUUGUAUUUUGGGCUUAGUGAAAGCUUGCUCACUGGGUGGGGUUGCUGUCUGGGAGGUGUGUGUGUGUGUGUGUGUGUGUGUGUGUGUGUGUGUGUGUGUGUGUGUGUGUGUGUGUGUGUGUGUGUGUGUGUGUGUGUGUGUGUGUGUGUGUGUGUGUGUGUGUGUGUGUGUGUGUGUGUGUGUGUGUGUGUGUGUGUGUGUGUGUAAGGCUGCCUGGCAUCAAUGUGGCGAGCAGAGGUUCUUCUUUUGAAAACCCAGCCUCUGUAAAAAAUGCUUCAACUCUCAAGAAAUCCAAAAAUGAAGGCCUUUGUAAAAGCACGGAUUGUGAGGGAGAGAAACCCAUCGUCUCUUUCCCAGAGCAGCCUCUGGGAUACUGACACGCGUGUAUAGAUUUGUUUGGCAUGAGUACAUGUUCAGUGCAUCGUGACCGGGUGAAGAACUCUGUUCAGCUGUAGUCUAGAUGUGAAAGCCAGAGUUCUGCAGCCAUUUCUCACUAGCUGCUCCAUCUCUUUAUCCGCUCUGUAAUCCCUUUGCCUUAUUUUUAACGGAAUCCAUUUCUACGUUCCUCUUGUUCUACCGUCCUGCUUUGAGUGUGAAGUGUUUUAUGUGUUCGCCCCGUUUUAGAGAGAAUAAAGCCGUCAUUUCUCAGUGCAGGGACCCAGACUGAAGGUUUUGUUUUUAGUUGGAUUAGUUUGGACUUCAAACGAUGCUUGUUUCCGUUACAAUCUUUACCUUGCUGCCCACAUAUUGCUCCAGUUGUCUUUCUCAUGCCAAGAACAACAUCUCUUGCUUUAAAGUAUUAGUGUUAUUGUUUGUCUGCAUUGCUCUUUGGGGUACCUGUCAUUCAAAGUAACAGACUCAUGGGAAAGUUUUCUAGAGCAAGGGGUUGUUGAGGCACGGGGAGUGGACCCUCUGUAAGCAUUGUAUGCAGAACAGGACCAUCUUACUUUGCAUGUUCUGCAAGUUUUGAACCGAAUGUCAUUCUGCAGAUGUGUGGCACUAGAACAAGGCUUCGCUGCAUGGAUCAACGUGAGUGCACACACCUGCCAUUGUACCUGCCAAUCUUCACAUGUGACGGCUUGUAACGCUGGAAGAGGAAUCGUGACCCAUGGGCCUCGCUGCCUGGAUUUUGGUUCCACGUCCACUGGAAUGUCACCUAUGGCUUUACAUUAUGCUACACCUGUAAAUAUUGUGGAUGCCUUACAUAGUUAAGGAUUUGUGUGUUCAUUUAAGUAGUAUGAAAUGGCUGCUGAAAAUCAUCUGCUCUCUAUUAACCAUAACUGUAUUUCUAUCAGGUGCAGCGCUCUUCCCCUUACCAAAAAAAAAACAUUUUAUCUUCUCAUUUUUUACUUUGUGCCAUUUUCCCCUCUGUGUUACAAAGCUCGAGUAGGUUUUCCCACAUUUUCUGCCAGGAGUCUUGUACAUGGAACAUGGAUACUCCACGCAUUGUCCGUGCGGUUAACAUUUACUAAAGCAGAGGAUUUCUGAUUGAUAGUUUAUGCUUUCAAUGGUCAGUAUGUAGUAAAUCCUUUGUGAGAUCAGGACACUGGAACUGUGCUGUGGGACCAAUAAGACUGCAAGAUUGAUGAGCUAGGCACCCUCACUGGCUGUCCAGGCUACAAAGACUACAUUUCCCACAUGGUUUGCAUUUCCCAGCCUCCUCCUGUCGCAGCUUUAAGAUCCUUUCAUUCACAAAGAUGAUGUCACUGCAGUUUGACUUGGGGGAAGUUUAAAGCUUGACGCUUACAUUAAGAGUAAUGUCUAGGAAGAUUUUCUUGAAAUUGUAUCCAAAAAAUUAAACUGUGUGGCUGUUGAAAUUAUUGGUGUGAAGUUAUGCAAGAUAUGCAAUUAAUAAAGUCAUAUAUAUGAAUUAUGAA